GUCGGAUAGGAGUGGUCAUUAUUUUGGUAAAACAAUCAAAAACCCCAGUUUACACACUCUCUCCCUUUCUCUCCGAUCUACCUAUCCAAGAAACCUCAGUUCCAGCUGUGCCACCAACUCUCUCUCUCCUCUCUCUCUCUCUCUCUCUCUGCAAGCACCGGCAGAUCUUCCAAGCUUCAUAUACAGCCCCGAUUACACAAACAUCUCUCUAUACUCGCACAUAUAUACAUACAUACAUAUAUAUAUAUGAAUAUGUGAGAUCCCACUGGUUAUUUCUUUUGAUCAGUUCGUCUUUGUGAUCAAUGAAAUUGAAGUUACAAUUAUACAAGCUCAAUGACCUGUGAGAACUAGGGCAAUUCAGUAAUGGCGGCGGAGGUUUCUCACAGCUGGAGAGACUCGUACAAGGGCAUGUCCUCUGACAACAUCAAGGGUUUGGUUCUGGCAUUGUCGUCAAGCGUCUUUAUUGGUGCAAGCUUCAUCGUCAAGAAAAAGGGCUUAAAGAAAGCUGGUGCUUCCGGAAUUAGGGCUGGAGUUGGAGGCUACUCAUACUUAUAUGAGCCACUGUGGUGGGCAGGCAUGAUAACAAUGAUUGUUGGAGAAAUUGCUAAUUUUGCAGCUUAUGCUUUUGCACCAGCUAUUCUGGUCACUCCUCUUGGUGCACUCAGCAUUAUUAUCAGUGCUGUGCUUGCACACAUUAUUUUACGGGAGAGGCUGCAUACUUUUGGGAUUCUUGGUUGUGCUUUGUGUGUUGUGGGUUCUACCACAAUUGUUCUUCAUGCUCCUCAAGAACGUGAGAUUGAUUCCGUGAAAGAAGUUUGGGAUCUUGCUACAGAGCCAGCUUUUCUCUUUUAUGCAGUUCUGGUGAUAAUAGCUGUGUUUAUACUUAUAUUCCACUUUAUCCCACAAUACGGCCAGACGCAUAUAAUGGUGUAUAUUGGAGUUUGUUCACUAGUUGGCUCCUUAUCGGUAAUGAGUGUGAAAGCACUUGGAAUUGCUUUGAAGCUAACUUUCUCGGGAAUGAAUCAGCUAACAUACCCUCAAACAUGGAUCUUCACUGUUGUUGUUAUUACUUGUGUGAUCACACAAAUGAACUAUUUAAACAAGGCCCUUGACACAUUCAACACAGCUGUUGUAUCUCCCAUAUACUAUGUUAUGUUUACAUCUUUUACCAUUUUGGCAAGUGUGAUAAUGUUUAAGGACUGGGAUAGGCAGAAUCCAACCCAGAUUGUCACAGAAAUGUGUGGGUUUGUGACUAUCCUUGCUGGAACCUUCCUUCUUCACAAAACAAAGGACAUGGUUGACGGUUUAUCUUCUUCCAUGGCCUUGCGACUUUCCAAACACAUGGAAGAGGAGGACGGUUUUGGUUCAGAAGGCAUUCCUCUCAGGCGGCAGGACCAAUUGUGAUCCGCCAUGAUGUAUUUUCUUUUGAUUCCUACCAUUUGCACAAACUCAUGCGUCGUCUUUGGGGAGGGGACCUCACUAAUGUCAACCUGUAUUUUAUCACAGAUUUCGACCAACCCCCGUCAUGUUCUUUUCUGGAUACAGUUGGAAGGGAUGAAAUUUUUUUGGAUUUCAUUUGCAGCUUCAAAUGGCCAAAAUCUUUUACCUUAUACAAGGGAUAACUGCCAAAUGUAAUACUGCCCAAGUUGGUUAUAUAAAUGAAUCUUUUCUUCACUUUGCAAAGAACUUCCCCCAGCUACUCUGCCUUUUGGCAUCAAUGCGUGAAAUUAUUUGGUCA